UGCAACUUCUGAGGCGUCGGAUACAUAACUGGUGUCACGUGACGUGACGUAACAGGCGUCUUACCUGUGCGAUCUUUUUACGACAGGCGCCUGAUACCUCGCGCUCCGUUUGAUGCUUUGCAGACGUCGUCGACACUUUUGCCUCGAACGCGCGUGAUGCUGAAAGCUCUGGGACAGACGUUCUUCUCCACCGGGCUGCAGAACCCCGGCUUCACGGCGGGGGAGCCCAAGGGACGGGACUACGAGGUCCGCACCUACCACGCCGCCAAGUGGGCGAGCACCACGCUGAGUGGGAUGCAGAUGGACGCGGCCAUGAGCGCCGGCUUCCGCAGACUCUUCAGCUACAUCCAAGGCAACAACCAGAGCAAGGCCAAAGUGGAGAUGACGGCACCGGUGACCUGCCGCGUGGACCCCGGCGCCGGCCCGGCGUGCGAGUCCCGCUUCACCGUGUCCUUCUACGUCCCCGAGGAGCAACAGGCGAGCCCACCAGAACCCAGCGACCCAGAGGUGUUCGUGGAGCAACGGAAGGAGUUCACAGCCUACGUCAGGACCUACGGCGGCUUCUCCAGCGACACCAUGAGGCAGGAGGAGCUCCUGAAACUGCUGGAGAGCCUCCAGAGGGACGGGGUCCAGUUCGUGGACAAGCCGUUCUACACCGCGGGCUACGACAGCCCCUUCAAGCUCACCAACCGCAGGAACGAGGUCUGGAUCCUCCAGAAGAACCCAGAGGAGGCGGAGUAGAGGUCAAAGGUCGCACAGCACCCGCCCAAGAUUUGACCAUGAUUUGAAGGAUUUCUGUGAUUAUUUUAAUAAAUUAACUUGUGAAUGUUAACCACUAAUAUUAGAAAAAAACGCCCUCCAGCUCUGAAUAGUACAGUCGUACUGUGUCGUACUGCGACGUGGUCCCAGUGGAGCAGUUUUCCCAGCAGAGGGAGCCAAGUAGAAAGAAAAGGCUUCAAAAAGAAACCGCAAGGGCAUCAAGUCAGAAGUUACACACUAAUUUUCCAUCAGGUGUUUGUGUUUAUGUUUGUUUACUAAGCUGUUGUCUUAAUGCUACUAUUACAGGCAUUAUUAAGUGCAUUGGAUUUUUUAACCUCAUGUUUCUGAAUGUUACUUCGUACACCUGCUAAUCUGAACAGUGACUCGUGGGCAUUUCUUCAUUCUCAUUCCUGGCGUCAAACAUGUGUGUGGGUCCCUGACGAGCGCUGGUCGGCGGCCGGUGGCACCACGCUCUGUCCGGUCCAACGUUGAACCGUACCGAUCAACUGCGAAAUCGUUAUGUUUCAGUGCCUUCUAACGACACAAACAAGCCUCAUGUUUUUAAUACAUAAAAACAAUGGUCAUAUUUUGUAGCUCCUCAUGUGCCUGAAAUAACAUCUCAUUCUCCUCCAUAUAAGGUGAGAUUAUGUAAAAUUUAUUACGGCAUUAAUAAUAAAUACACCUCAUGAUGA